AUGACAACCAGAAAACACCCCAGCAAGAGGCUAACGAUGGCAAAUUCUGACGACGAAGACGCGUAUUUAUACGGCUCAGACGAGGAAGAGGUGAAGGAGAAGGAGGCGGAAGCAGAGGCGGAACAGCAGCCGUCCGCAAAGAGGCAGAAGACAGAAACUGCUCUGGAUCUGCAGCGAGAUUUAAAGGAUAAACAGAGCAAUCAAGGCGAUAAGAAGAAUAAGGAUGACGAUGAUGAAGAAGAAGAUGAUGAUGACGAUGACGACGAUGACGAUGACGAUGACGAUGAUGAUGAUGAUGAUGAUGAUGACGAGGAAGACGAUGAAGAUGACGACUUCAACAUUAUUAUAGGAGACGCAGCUACAGUCGAGGCCACGCCAACUGUACAGCAGUCUACAUCUGCGCCCACGGCGCCACCUGCCACGCAAACACAGAUUACAGCCUCCAAUAUCGACAUCAACAAAGUCCCCGACUACGAAGGGAAACCGCUAACGCAGUUGGAUUUGGAAAUACUAAAACAGAAACCCUGGCGGGCUCCAGGUGCAGAUACUUCCGACUAUUUCAAUUUCGGUUUUGAUGAAUUUACUUGGACGGCUUACUGCCAUAAACAAGACAAGAUGAGAGGCGAAUUCAACCCACAAAAGGUGAUGGAAAACAUGAUGAAAGGACCAGGGAUGACAAUGCCUCCGGCCCCGGCUCCUGGAACGGGGAAAAGUGGCUCGCCGCCUGCUAUUCAGCCACCAAUGGGGAUGUUCCCACCCGGUAUGCCGCCAGGAAUGCCUCCGAUGAUGAUGCCUCCUGGAAUGCAGCUACCGCCAGGAAUGAAAAUACCGCCUGGUAUGCCACCCAUUCCAAUGCCAAAUAUGCCCAACAUGCCAAACAUGCCUAACAUGCCCACCAUGCCAAAUUUCAACUUUGCGCCUCCGAAUCAAAAAUAA